GAGCCAACGCAAAAAGAAACAUCGAGCCGGAGAGGGCGGCAAAAUCUACAAUGACCUCGCUCAAGCGCACAUACGCCUCGACGGCCCCGUCAACAACCCUCAGCAGCAAGACAUAUCUGCGCACGCUGAAGUCGGGCAAGGUGCAGAAGAUUGUCCGCGAGGUCUACCUUCGCCAAGAUAUCGCCUGUUCCUCGCAACUCUGCACCGCAUGUCUCAACCUCGUGCCAGCCAGUUUCCACAAGAAGGCCGAUGCGCCAGUAUUGUCCGCCACACCAGCAGCAACCAAAGCAUUCCCGAACGGCCACUAUCUGAUCCCCGAUACCAACGCCUUCCUCUCGGCCAUGGACUUGUUCGAAAGCGAAGGCACUGUCCAGGACAUCAUUGUCUUGCAAACCGUCCUUGAAGAAGUCAAGAACAGAUCAUUGCCCCUCUACCAUCGACUGAUUGCUCUGACGAAGAACGAGGGAAAGCGAUUCUAUGUCUUCUUCAACGACUUCCGUCUGGAGACCUACAUCCAGCGAGACGCCGGCGAAACCAUCAACGACAGAAAUGACCGGGCAGUACGGAAGUCUUGCACUUGGUAUGCGGAACAUUUACAGCAGGCCGUUCGCUCCAGGAAAAGCGCUCGCUGCCCUACUAUUGUCAUGCUUUCCGACGACCGUGCGAACUUACGGAAGGCCAAAGAUGAAGGAAUCCAGGCACUGGGCCUGGAAGCCUAUGUUGCUGGUCUCCCGGAUGCAGACAAACUCAUGGACAUGGUGGCUUCCAGCCGCGAGAACCGGGCGGUCAAGGAUUCCAAGGCGCAGAUGCUUUACCCAAACUACAUGACGAUGUCAGCCAUGCUUACCGGCGUCAAGGCGGGGACACUGCAUCAAGGCAUCUUCCAUGUCUCCCCAUAUAACUAUCUCGAGGGCUCGGUGCAUGUGCCCGCCUUUGACAAGGCACUCAUUGUGCAGGGACGAGAGAACAGCAACAGAGCGGUUUCGGGAGAUAUUGUGGUCAUUGAGGUCUUGCCCAAAGACCAGUGGAAGGCACCGUCGAGCAAAGUCAUUGAAGAGGAAGACGUCAAUCGUAAUGACAAUGCAGAGAAUGGGGACGACGAACAAGAAGCCGUCGUCACCGAAAAGGAGCGAAGGGCUCUGCAGGAUGCGGUGAAGAAAGUUCACGGCAGAAGUGCAGAGGGUCAGCCUCAGGCAACCGCAAGAAUCGUCGGAGUGAUCAAACGGAACUGGAGACAAUACGUUGGCCACAUCGACAAGGAUUCUGUCCGCUCGCAAGCGAAGGAGACACGCUCGCAACAGACCGUCUUUCUCAUCCCCAUGGACAAGCGCGUCCCGAAAAUCCGAGUACGCACACGUCAAGCGGCUGACCUACUUGGCAAGCGUGUGCUGGUUACGAUUGACAGCUGGGAUCGCGAGUCUCGCUACCCUGUCGGCCAUUUCAUCCGUAGCUUGGGCGAACUGGAAACGAAGGGUGCCGAGACCGAGGCCCUCCUUCUGGAAUGGGAUGUCCAAUACCGCCCGUUCCCCAAGACCGUCCUCGAUUGCUUGCCAGCAGAAGGACAUUCCUGGACCGUUCCCGCCUCUUUGGAUGACCCUGGCUGGAAUGGCCGCAAAGACCUACGAGACCUGCUCGUCUGCUCGAUAGAUCCGCCAGGCUGCGUCGACAUAGAUGAUGCCCUACACGCUCGACCGCUUCCGAACGGCAAUUUCGAAGUCGGCGUGCAUAUCGCGGACGUCUCGCAUUUCGUCAAGCCGAAUAACGCCAUGGACAAAGAGGCUUCUCUGCGCGGCACUACAGUGUACCUGGUGGACAAGCGUAUUGACAUGCUGCCUAUGCUGCUCGGCACCGAUCUCUGCUCGCUCAAGCCGUACGUGGAACGAUAUGCAUUCAGCGUAUUGUGGGAGCUGGACACUUCCGCCAACAUUGUGCACACCACGUUCACAAAGAGUGUCAUUCGCAGCCGAGAAGCCUUCAGCUACGAACGAGCUCAAUUACGGAUCGACGACAAAUCACAACAGGACGAGCUGACAGUAGGCAUGCGAACACUGAUGCAGCUAUCGAAAAAGCUACGAGCGAAGCGUAUGGCAGCCGGGGCCUUGAAUCUCGCAAGCCCCGAGGUCCGCGUGGAGAUGGAAAGCGAGACCUCCGAUCCCGCCGACGUCAAGACGAAGCAGCUACUCGACACCAACCAGCUGGUGGAAGAAUUCAUGCUCCUCGCCAACAUCAGCGUCGCCGCCAAAAACUACGAAGCAUUCCCGCAAACCGCCCUCCUGCGCCGCCACGCCGCGCCGCCCAAGAACAACUUCGAAGAGCUGAGCAACCAGCUCAAGGUGCGCAAGAGCAUGGACCUCCACACCGACUCCUCGAAAGCACUGGCCGACAGCCUGGACCACUGCAUCGACCCCCAGGAGCCCUUCUUCAACACCCUCAUCCGCAUCCUCGCCACCCGCUGCAUGAUGUCCGCCGAGUACUUUUGCGCCGGCGCCCAAGCCUACCCGGAAUACCGACACUACGGCCUCGCGUCCGAAAUCUACACGCACUUCACCUCGCCCAUCCGCCGCUACUCGGACCUCGAAGCGCACCGCCAGCUCGCGGCAGCAAUCGACUACGAGCCCCUCGACGCCAGUCUGCAGAGCAAAGCGAAGAGCGAAGCGGUGUGCAAGAACCUCAACGUGCGGCACCGCAACGCGCAGAUGGCGGGGCGCGCGAGCGUGGAGUACUACGUCGGGCAGGCGCUGAAGGGGCGGCGGCUGGAGGAGGAGGGUUUCGUGAUGCGCAUCUUCUCCAACGGGUUUGUGGUGUUUGUGCCCAAGUUUGGGAUUGAGGGCCUGAUUCGGUUGAGGGAUAUGGUUGUGGGGCAGGAGCAGGCGGGCAGGGAGCCGGAGAGUGUGUAUGAUGGAGAAAGCUACACGCUGGAGAUUGAGGAGCAGGGCAGGAAGAGGACGGUGGCGUUGUUUGAGAAGGUGCAGGUCAGGAUUUCCGAUGAGGCGGAGGAGAGUACGGGAAAGAGGAAGAUCCGACUGCAGUUGGUGUAGAGCGAGACAAGCCUGGAGCAGCGAGAGGGAUGCAUUGCUCCAGGAGUGCUCUUUAAAUUGAAAUGUAGACUCGUGGAAACGACAAUUACUCUUCUAUGCAACAGCA